UAAACUCAAUUACAAACUUAUCAUGGCAUCCAACAAAAUCAAACUAUCUCUACUUAUUACAUUUCUUGCAAUUUUGACGUAUUGUGAGGCAGAAAUAGAUGGGGAUCUUAAGAAGACUGAAAUGACGGUCUACUACCACGCAUAUACUGCCGGCCCAAAUACCACUGUGAUCGACAUACCAGAAGCCACGACCGGGGAGGUCCAAGACGGGACCAAGUUUGGAGCCAUGUUCUGCACAGACGAUCGAAUAACCGAAGGAAUUGAGGAAGACUCACCCCUGAUUGCAAGGGCACGAGGUAUCUAUGUCGUAUCGGCCCUAGACGGGUCCCACGCGCACAUGCUAGUGUCAAUUGUGUUUGUCAAUGGAACCCAUAAAGGUAGCACGUUGGAAGUACAAGGUUCUUACCAACAUUUUGAGCCGGUCACGGAGACUGCUAUUGUCGGCGGCACCGGAAAAUUCCGUCUAGCCCGCGGCUAUGCUACUUUUGAGACUCCUUACAUUGAUAUGGAUCGUCGGUAUUUUCUCACCAUAUCUAAUAUGACUAUUCUGCAUUAUUAAAACUCUUUUCUAUAAAAUGUUGGUUCAUGAAUAAUACUCUACAUUGUACUUCUUGUUGACUUUGAUAAAUAAUUGUGUACUUCUAUAUAAUUUGUAAAACUUGUCUCAUUCAAUAAAUGAAAUACUAUACUGCUCCUA